AUGGAGGACCGACAACGCUCAGACACAGAAAAUACAGAUUCGAUAGACUGGCCACAAUGUUGGAAUGAGGGCCGUACCAACAGUACAUCUCCGGAGCCUAAAGGUCCAGGUUCCUCCGCACCUCCGGCUUUGGAACAACAAGUAGCAACAAAUGAGCACAGAGAAGGCGAGCGAGAAAACGGUGAUACGGGUAGUGAUGGUAUUGAAGACAAUGACGGGAUCUCAGCAGUAUCUGAUGAGCACGUUCCGCUUGACUACCCUGGGUCCGACGCAGAGCGCUAUCACCAGCUCGAGGCGCUGAACGACAGGAUAUUAAGCUGGGCGCAGGCCGGCAGCGCCUUAACGCCAAAGGAGGAAUAUGCAGCCUUCACGAAGCUUCCGGAUCCAUGGAAGCACUAUCUUUCGAGUAUGACGGGUGCUGAGAGGAUCCGCCCCCCGCGAGGCGAGGCCGUCCGCGUCAAGACGCGCUGCGGGAGCACGAUGUACGUCGGCCGCCCAAAGGGCCGAAUUAAGUGGAAGGAGGUCGUGUGGGACAAGAAGUCGGCCGAAGCCGAGAGAGCUGACUCGAUGAGCAGCGGCGGCGCCGCGCCCGCUCCCAAGACGGCGAAGGAGGAGGAGUCCGCAACGAGCAGACAGGGAAGCGUAGAGUCCGAACCGGAGCCGGACAUAGAGCUCUGGGGCAAGUUGGAUGAGCUCACCCCUAUCCGCUCCAAGUCGGUUCCGGAGCAGAUGAGGGCAAGAGCGUUGCAGAAAAAGCAGUCUCGCCAGAGUUGGCUGGAGCAUCUGAAAAACGGUCCGCUUGCCGGAGCAAAGCGAAAGGCCUCGCAGGCCAAGGGCUUCUUGUCCAAACUGUGGGAGAGGCGAGACUCGGGCGUCUGCAUGGAAUGCAAAAAUGGGCUCCCAUGUUACGAUGAGCUUGGCCCCAAGAACGAUCGCUGGGAUGAGCCGGAUGCUCGUCCCACGGCGUCACAAUCGACAGAACUUCCCGACGCACGGUGGCUUGUGCAGCGCCAACAGGACGAGGGCGUGGUGCUCUGA